AUGGAUCACGUAAGUCGGCUCUACGCCAAACCAUCCACCACACCACCACCAAAAUCACCAACACUACCACCACCACCACCUACUUCUACUCCUACUACUACUACACCACCCCCUCUCAAAGCUCCUCCCCACCCUCUUCCCUCUCACCUUGGUCCACUCUCAGCUACCACGCCAUUUCGCUGCCCACAGCCAACAGCAACCAUGCUUACGCCGCCGCGCGAACCACAGAUUGCUAGCGACAUGGUCAUUGACCAAGACUACGAUGAGAAGACCGAUGUCGCCAUCAUCACCCCAGACGACACGGACGACCAGAUGGACGAAGUUGAGGUCGAGACCGAGCCAGAGCCCCGCGCCGACGAAUACGACGCCUUCUUCAAGAAGCACUUGCCCGAGUCACCAGACUAUGAGACCGAAGCCGAAGCUCACCACACAUGGGAAAUCAAGGACUGGCGGACGCUGACCAGGCGUGAACAUGGCCCCAUCUUCGACUGCGGCGGACAUCCCUGGCGGAUACUAUUCUUCCCCUACGGUAACAACGUUGACUUUGCCUCCUUCUAUCUCGAGCAGGCCUAUGAGGAGAAUCAGAUGCCCGAGGACUGGUAUGCCUGCGUGCAGUUCAUGCUGGUACUGUGGAAUCCAAAAGACCCUACCAUGUACAUCACCCACACCGCGAACCAUCGCUUCACAGCCGAGGAAGGCGAUUGGGGCUUCACACGCUUCGCCGAACUGAGGCGCCUCUUCAGCAAUUCUUGGGAUGACAGGGGACGUCCCAUGGUCGAAGACAAUUGCUGCAACGUGACCGCAUACGUCAGAGUGCUCAAGGACCCAACAGGCGUCCUAUGGCACAACUUCCUCAACUACGACUCGAAAAAGGAAACGGGCAUGGUUGGCCUAAAGAACCAAGGCGCGACCUGCUACCUAAACUCGCUUCUCCAAUCCCUCUUCUUUACACAAGCAUUCCGUCAGGCUGUCUACCAAAUACCAACAGCAGAGGAAUCGGAUCGGACCAACAGCGCCUAUGCCCUUCAGCGCCUGUUUUAUCUCCUCCAGACUUCAAAUGGUGCCGUAGGCACAACAGACUUGACCCUCUCUUUCGGCUGGGAUUCCAAACAGAUUUUCGAGCAACAAGAUGUGCAAGAGUUGUCGCGUGUACUCAUGGACAAGCUAGACGAGAAGAUGAAGGGCACUGAAGCAGAGGGCGCGUUGACUAGGAUGUUUGUUGGCAAAAUGAAGACUUACAUCUCCUGCAUCAAUGUCGACUAUGAAUCCUCCAGGACGGAGGAGUUCUGGGAUAUUCAAUUGAAUGUGAGCGGAAACAAGACGUUGGAUGACAGCUUCAAGGACUACAUCCAAGUAGAAACCAUGGACGGCGAGAACAAGUAUUUUGCAGAGGGUUUUGGUCUCCAGGAUGCGAGAAAGGGUGUAAUCUUUGAGAGCUUUCCACCCGUACUACACCUCCAACUCAAGCGCUUCGAAUACGAUUUCCAACGGGACGCCAUGAUGAAGGUGAAUGACCGCUACGAGUUUCCUGAGAUUUGGGAUGCAUCCCCCUACCUUUCGGAUGCCGCUGACCGGUCAGAAUCUUGGGUCUACCAUCUCCACGGUGUUCUUGUGCACAGUGGAGAUCUCAAUGCUGGACACUACUACGCUUUCAUCAAGCCCACCAAGGAUGGCCAUUUUUACAAGUUUGACGAUGACCGCGUGACGCGUGCGACUCUCCGCGAAGCCCUCGAAGAGAAUUUUGGUGGCGACUACACGCAGGCGAAUGGAAACACGGGCGCGAGGAAUCCUUAUACCCGAAACUGGUCCGCAAAACGAUCGAUGAGUGCGUACAUGUUGGUAUACAUUAGAGAGACACGGCUCGAUCAAGUCUUGAUGGACGGGAAGACGGUCGAACCUCCUAAACACCUAGCCGAACGUCUUGCAGAAGAAAAGGCCACUCUCGAGCGCCGUAAGAAGGAGCGUGAGGAAGCCCAUCUCUAUAUGGACUUGGCAGUCGCAUCCGAGGAUAAUUUCAAGGUCUACCAAGGAUUCGACAUUGUGCCUUGGAAGGGCGAUACGGAGGGUGCCGCCAAUCCCAAGAUUUAUCGCAUCCUGAGAGCAACGACCAUGGCUGACUUUGCAAAGACGGUGGCAGAGGAUUUGGGCGUCGAUGCUGACAUGAUACGGCCUUGGUCCAUGGUCAAUCGCCAAAACGGCACCGUCCGUCCUGACACCGCGCUCGAGUUUCCUGACAUGACGGUCGAGGAGGCCGCGAGUAAGCACGGUACCAAGCAAGCACAAUUCCGACUAUGGAUUGAGAGGGCUGAAAGUCGCGACGAGAGCGGGGCGCCGGUAUUUGGUGAGAAGACGGUCGAUUUGAAAGGCCUGGCCAGCAACAGGCCCAUCAUGAUCUUCCUGAAGCAUUUCGACACGAAGACACAGAGUCUUUUCGGCAUCGGCACAUUUUACGCAGCGUUGCAAGACAAGGUCUCGGAUCUCACACCUGUAAUCAACAAAAUGAUGGGCUGGCCCGCUGGAACUCCGAUCAAGUUAUCAGAGGAGAUCAAGCAGAACAUGAUAGAAGCGAUGAAACCCAAGGUUACGCUGGCCCAAUCCGAGCUGCAAGAUGGCGACAUUAUUACCGUGCAGCGGAUACCAAGCGACAAGGAGAUCAAGGAGAUCACCGCAGCCGGAGGUUAUGUUGAAGCGAAGGAAUUCUACGACUACCUGCUCAAUCGUAUCAAUGUCGAGUUCGUGCCAAGAGUGGCAGAACCGACUGACCUACCCACAUUUUCAUUGACACUAAGCAAGAAGAUGGCAUAUGACCAGUUCGCUAGUAAAGUGGCGGAACAGCUCAAGAUAGAUUCGUCCUAUUUGCGCUUCACCACCGUCAGCACUACCGGCAAGCCAAAGAUGGCUGUCAAGUACAACGCCAACUCCACACUCGCCAACAUUUUGUUUCCCGGACCGUACCAGUACUCUGCGAGUGCAACACAGCGGCCAGAUGCACUCUAUUACGAGGUGCUGGAGAUGAGUCUGAAGGAGCUUGAGCAACGCAAGCCCAUCAAGGUGACUUGGUUACCAGAGGGACUCAGCAAAGAGGAGGAGUACACAUUGAUGGUACCCAAAAACGCCCAGGUUUCAGACCUGCUCGAAGCACUGCAAAAGAAGGCCAACAUUAGUGACGAAGUCAUGCAAAAAGCCCGAGCUUACGAGGUCCAUAUGCACAAAUUUCACAAAGCGCUGCCAUCAGAUUAUCAAAUUGUCAGCUUGUACGAUUAUACUCAAGUCUACGUCGCGCCCUUCACAGAAGACGAGUCUUCGAAGCGGAUUUGGGCAUUUCACUACGAUAAAGAACCUUCCAAGCCCCACGGCAUCCCAUUCCAACUGGCAUUGAAAGAGGGAGAGGUAUUCAGCGACACCAAGCAGCGCAUCUCUGACCUCACCAAGAUCAAGGGCAAGCAGCUUGAUAAAAUCAAAUUUGCCCUGGUGCCCAAGGCCCAAUACGCGCGACCAGAAUACAUUGAGGAUGGCAUGUCAUUUCCCAGUCUCAUCCCCUACUCUCUCACUAAUUCCUCUGUAGAUGAAAUCAUUUUCGACAUUAUAGGAAACCGCGACGAUAUUAGUCUCGGCCUCGAGCACCCCAACAAGAGCAAGAGCUUCUGGGGCAAGUCAGAUUCCAUCUUCAUCCGCUGA